AUGGCCUACUUCCUGCCGUCGUUCUUCCAGAAGCGGCUGCUGCGGUAUGCCCUAUCGCGGCUCGAGCUCAUCGAUACCGAUGCCUUGGAUCUCGACCGUUUAGGCAUCCGCUGGGGGCAGAGAAGUACUUUCGAACUGCGGGAUAUUGGUCUGAAGCUGGAGAAACUUUCCUCCCUUCUCCAUCUCCCGCCAGCGUCCGAACUGCUUCAAGCUCGAAUCCUCCUGCUCAGAGUGACCAUACCCGCCGACAUUUACAGCAGUGGUAUCGUUGCGGAGGUUGAAGGUGUCAGUGUACAUCUAAGACUGCUACCGAACGACCCCAACACAGGUACGGAUGGCAAGAAGCGGAGGGAUCAGAGUUCUACAUCCUUAAGACAUGAUACAUCCGGUCGCUCUCAAGGCUUCCGGUCGGAUAUCCAUGAUCCCGGCGGUGACCAAGUGCUUCCAACUACGACCGACCUUGCGCAGUCAUUUCUACAGUCAGAACCGCGGGAGGAAAAGGAAGAACUGCAGGCGGCUAUUUCAUCGCAGUCAGGAUACUUGCAUCCGUCAUCUGGAUCACUUAGUGAUGAUGAGGAGCUGGGACUCGGUCAGCAGGGUGUCUCCUUGCCUAGCUUCAUUGCAGGCUUCUUAAAGGGCGUUGUGGAUAGACUGCAGGUAAAGAUCAAGGAUGUCGCUUUGCGUGUGGAUAUGGAGCUCGAACAGGAUGCGCCAACGAAGAGGCACCCGCAGGACAAGCCGGAUCCGAUAACAGGGCUGUUGACGAUCAGAGAACUGUGCAUCGAUGGCGUGGGUUCCUAUGCCUCCAGCGAGGACAAGGGUCAUACCGUCAAUCUGGGAAAGCGGCUGAUCACCCUGUCUGAUAUACAAGCAAUGCUAUUGUCGGAUCCGGUUGUAUUCUCCAACUAUGCAUGUUUCGCGGCUCCUCCUUCGCCGCCCACCACGCACCCUAAGGAGAGUCAGACAAUUAGUAGGACAUCAUCACCUGCGCCCGCAUCCGUUCAUUAUGACUCCCCGCUUGCCAUGACACACUCGACUAUUCUGCCGCCCCCUCGCGACCUGGAGCCUUAUCCAGAGCCUGCACCCGACAUUGGAACUUCCCAUACCCAUGGUAUGGAGCAAUCAACAUAUACGGCUGACGGCCGAUUCUCAGAUGCUGGAACCGAUGAAGAAUUCGGAAGUGACGGCUAUCCGGAAGAUUAUCCAGAUCUAUCAGCUAGCCAGUACGACGACCGGUUCUUAGACAACCCAGCGUAUCUAGAGGAGGUAUUCAAUUCUCAUCUCGGAGAUGAUGUCGAAGGGUCAACUGUAUUAGAUUCUGGAGAGCAGCAGCCUAGGAACACAGAAGAGACGGUUAUGCACCAGAGUUCACAUUCGGAAGGCCUUGGAUCUGCCGAUGAACCACUUGGUAUGGAGAAAUCCUCAGGCUCAGGCGCAGGUCAUGGGGAGAUACAAAGCAGUAGAGGCUCGCUCCACGUGAGUGAGUCCAGGAAUGCUUCAAAUGAACACUUGGCCCUGCUACCUACUGAGCCGUCCACAUCAUCUGAACAGCAUGUGUCUUCAUUGCAAGGGAGCAUAAGCGAAGAUAACCAUCCGCCUCUCGCCUCUCCGGCUUCUGAUGCGGGCAGUGCUCAUUCUCAAUCAGGUUCAUCCAAUGGGGCUCUCUCCGAGUCGAAGAUCUUCUCCCACGAGGAGGCAGAAAGCAUGUAUAUGAGUGCGAUCAGUCAUGCUUCCACAUCAAAGAGCUAUUUCCCAGAUAUACCUGGAGCCUGGGAAUCACCUAAGGCCAGUAUUAGGGACGUACACACCUCUAGAUGGGAUGCAGAUGCUCCUUCGUUCGCGCCGCUCGACGACCUCAAGCAGGACGAUCAGGAUGAUACGAUAGUCUCCACUCCGAAACUCACGGCGAAGCACGAACCAGAGACCGAAUUGCAACGUUCUCAGGAGUCUUUACGAAGCCAUGGACAUGAUCUGAACGCUCAACCAGAUACCGAAGCAAGAUCCGACUUCUUCUCUCCUUCUCUUAAUAAAGACACCGAUGUCGCGAAGAAAAUCCUGGAUAUCAGUGAAAUAAAGAUUUGGCUCCCUUCAGAGGACGGUACGGCGGAAACAGAACCUGAGGAUGAAUCUUCUACAUGGCAAGACAGACAAUCUGGUGAUCAUAUGAGAGAGUCUACUGUUAGCCUGUCAGAGUCUACAGCCGGUGAACUUGCCAGCUCAAGAAUGGCUUUCUCCAGGAGGCUACGCCAGGAUUCUAUUUCAUCUAUCCCGGCGGACCAUGCACAGCGGACGUCAGGUCAGCCCCUAAACACAAAGCAACGUGACGCUUUCUCUGUUGAGGUAGCCUCCCUCGCCAUUCAGUUCGACAUUGCCACCGGAUGGCUAUUGACAAAGAUGGGCCAGAGAUUACUCAAUGCUCAUAAAGGUAACGAUAAGGAAGAAAAUGUCCAGCAGAAUAGUCCUCGAGGAGCUCCGGCACGGAAUUCAACAAUCUUGGACUUCUCUUUGAAGAAUUGUUCUAUCAAAUUCCUUGAGCACUUGCCAGGUUCCACCUACCCUGUGCAGAAAGUGGACUUCCGGCCAUCGCAGCCUGGUUUCUCUUAUCUUGCAGAUACCAUCUUACAAGCGACGAUAUCCGGCCUAAGAGCGGAUUUCGCGAUGGAUACAGCCACGACGAAACUCCGUCUGGAGCUUUCGAAGUUUACCUUGGGUUUCGCUUCUGAGGAUCUUCUCUCAUUCAACGAGGGUCUCAAAAUGCGAGAAUCGACAAGAGAUAUCUUAGCACCUGUACACGGAGAUAUAUCCCUCUCCUUGACAAGGACGGCUGACUUUGCUUCUGUCAAUCUUACGACUUUGCCAUUACACUUGAAUCUCAAUCUUCAGCGAUUGGAGGAAGUAAUGAGCUGGUUCGGUGGCUUGAGUACCAUUCUGGAGCUCGGUAGCUCGAUCGCGUCAGUGUCAACAGUAAGAGGUGCAAAGCCGGAACCGAAUAAGCGACCGCGCGGUGUACAUUUUGAAGCAACUCCUUCCACGCCCACAAGCGUUUCCGCUGAUGCCUCUGUUCCGUGGAAAGUUAAUGUUCGACUUGGUGGUCUCGCUGUUGAUGUUGUUGGGGAGAGUCAUGGUAUCAAGCUUGAAACGACUGCGGUUAAACUUGUCAGCAGAUCUGAUACAGUCGGCUUGCAAAUCGACAAAGCCAAGCUUAAAGGACCGGUACGACUUGAUGACGGCGGUAAUGCGCCAGCAAAAGUCAGUCUUGGCAACAUCCGAAUCCUGUAUCUCUUCUGUCCGAAGGAAGUCGAUUUGGAUCGACUUUUGUCGUUACUUACCCCUUCAAAAGACAAGUACGAGGAUGACGACGACAUCAUGCUCGAUACUCUAUUCCGGCAACGUAAGCAAGGGGCCGUAAUUCGAGUGACAGUCGAUACUGUUAAAACGGUCGUCUCCCGUGUCGACGCCCUAGAUGCUUUGUCUCAGCUCGGAAAUGAGAUGGCUAAACUGUCCAGUGUCGCCAAAUAUCUGCCCGAGGACGACCGACCUGGGAUCCUAACGCUGGUUCUAGUCAAGGAACUUCAAGCUCAAGUAAAGAUCGGGGGCAAGAUAGGAGACAUCGGCUUGCUUGCCACCAAUUUUGAAGCCGCCCACAUAAGCAUUCCUUCUCUCGUUGCCGCUCAGGUAGGGGGUGUUUCUCUCUCCAGAAAUGGAAACGAAGAGCUUGUGGGAGAGGCGUCGUCCCCGACGAUGGGCCGAACGCAACUGGAGGCCCCCCUUCCCAUGAUAAUGGCCAGAUUCAUCGCUGAAGAGAUGGACCCAACGGUUAAAAUCAAGUUGAACAAUCUCCGUGUGGAGUAUACCGUUCCUGCUAUCAUGGCUUUUCUAGGAAUGGACGAGAAUACUUCAACGGAAGACAUUGCUACCAAUAUGGCACAGUCUGUUGCAAGCUUAGCCGAUUUACAAGAUCGCCGGCAAAGUAGUGCCCCUUCCUCGAUGCAUUCUCCCACAAGUCUAGGCGCCUCUAAAGAGAAGACCAAGCCUCUCAAGCUUGCAGUCGCCUUGCGAAAUUGUGUCAUUGGACUUAACCCUCGGGAUCUGCCCUCUAAAGGUCUUGUUGUCUUCACUUUUGCCAAGUUUACGGGAGGGUUCUAUGACGAUAAACCAUUAGAGGCUUCAUUGGAUAUCAGGAAGGCCUGCAUCAUGAUUAUUGAUGAUGUUCAGAAUGUGGGCUUAACGGAAAAUUUACGCAGACUCGGCUCAGCAGCUGGGCAAAGCGACCAAGUUCAGGAGUUCAUCAAUAUGGGUUAUGUUCCAGUGUCGUACAUCUCCUCAGCCAUGGCGUUGGUGAAGCUCAUCGAGCUCGAACCUGACGGGAGCAAAUCAUUGGAUGUUGAGUUAAGGGACGACCUGCUUAUUCUUGAGACGUGCGCCGAUUCCACGCAGACGCUGAUUAGCAUCCUCAAUGGCUUGAAUCCGCCUACACCGCCAAGUACUGCUCUUAAAUACCGCACCGAGGUUAUGCCAAUUCAGGAUAUGCUUGCAUCAUUCUCUGGCGACGCGUUCGCUACGGAAACAAUGUCUGAACCCGAAGACCUGUUUGAAGCUACUGACGUUCCCCAAGAUUAUACAAAUGUGGAGCACGGGGAGGAUGAGUUGGAAUACGUCAGCGAGUUCUAUCCGUCAAAGCCUGAUUUUGACGGCGAUAUGCUCAGGGAAAGCAUGAGCGGCUCUGCGAUGGCGUCAUCACAAUCAAAAGACCUGCUCGACAGUUUCCAUACUCAACACCAGGUCACGUCAAGUAUUUCUGAGCUCGACUUCCAAGAGGAUCAUUUUGCCAAGCAGUCUGCUGUCGGGGGCACAGCGCAUAGAUGGGAUUCAUCCCAUAACACCUACGGGCUGUCGAACGAUGUCAAAUUGAAGGGAAGCCCUCUGAGAGUAAGGGUUCGUGAUGUGCAUGUCAUCUGGAAUCUCUUUGAUGGCUAUGACUGGCAGCGGACGAGGGACACAAUAUCCAAGGCUGUGAAAGACGUAGAACUGAAGGCUACCGAGCGACGAGCCAGGGCAGCCAGCCGUGCAUCUCCAGGAGUUGAAGAUGAAGAGGAGUCAGUCAUCGGCGACUUCCUCUUCAAUUCUAUAUACAUAGGCAUCCCGGCAAACAAGGACCCACGUACUCUCGCGCAGGAAGUCAACCGUGACAUAGACGACCUCGUUAGUGAGACGGGAAGCUAUGCUACAUCCACGACUGUGACGGGAGCAACAGUACGCCAUGAUCGGUCCUCGUCUAUUAGAGGCAGGAAACUGCGCCUCUCCAGGAGCAAGCACCACAAGAUGACUUUUGAGCUGAAAGGUAUAUCGGCAGAUUUUGUCGUCUUCCCACCUGGCUCCGGUGAAACAGUAAGCUCUUUGGAUGUCCGGGUCAAAGAUCUGGAGAUAUUCGAUCAUAUCCCAACCUCCACUUGGAAGAAGUUUGCUACCUAUAUGCAUGACGCUGGAGAAAGGGAGAGUGGCACAAGCAUGAUACACAUAGAGCUUCUGAACGUAAAGCCUGUCCCUGAUCUUGCUGCGUCUGAGAUUGUCCUUAAGGCGACUGUCCUUCCCUUACGCCUCCAUGUCGACCAGGAUGCUCUGGACUUCAUGAGUCGGUUCUUCGAGUUCAAAGACGAGAAUGCACCCGCUCCAAGCUCUCCCGGAGAACAACCGUUCCUCCAGAGAGUAGAGGUCAAUGCUGUGAGGGUCAGACUUGAUUUCAAGCCGAAGAGAGUCGAUUAUGGAGGUCUCAGAUCUGGACGUACAACGGAGUUCAUGAACUUCUUUGUCCUCGACAAUGCAGACAUGGUUUUGCGACAUGUUAUCAUCUACGGGGUUUCAGGGUUCGAAAAGCUUGGACUCACCCUGAACGAUAUAUGGAUGCCAGACGUGAAGCGGAACCAGCUCCCAGGUGUCCUUGCCGGUCUAGCUCCGAUUAGGUCGAUCGUCAAUGUCGGUAGCGGUGUCAAGGAUCUUGUUGUCGUUCCCAUGCGCGAGUAUAAGAAGGACGGGCGUAUCGUCCGCAGCAUCCAAAAGGGGGCGAUGGCAUUCGCAAAGACGACUACGAACGAACUGGUUAAGUUAGGUGCUAAACUUGCCAUCGGCACACAGACGGUACUGCAAGGAGCUGAAGACUUCCUCAACGCACCCGGUGCACCCCAGACUGUGCUCGACGACGACCUUGAAGAGGAAGAGAAGAAGCGAAUCUCAUUGUACGCAGACCAGCCUGUUGGUGUUGUCCAGGGCCUUCGAGGUGCCUACAGCAGCCUUGAGCGUGACCUUCUCCUUACUAGAGAUGCAAUUGUUGCGGUGCCUGGAGAAAUCAUGGAGAGUGGCAGCGCCGCUGGUGCUGCCAAGGCUGUAUUCAAACGAGCUCCAACGGUCAUCCUCAGACCUGCUAUUGGAGCAACUAAGGCAGUCGGACAGACGUUGUUGGGCGCAGGCAAUACCUUGGAUCCGACUAAUAGGAGGAGAAUGGACGAUGUAAGUCGUAAAUCCAGCACGAUCCUGUGCCUGGCUCUUGCGUUUCUGGCUCAUGCUGACGGCUGUCCUUAUUACAGAAAUACAAACGACACUAGAGUAUGUUUUCACGAACCAUCAGAUACGAGUACAUGCAUUCAACGCGACCUUUUUUCGAAUCUGGCGUUUAUUUUCAAGGCGGUCAAUCGAGGGAAGCGCAUCCAACAUUUUUCUAACGACCAACGAAAUCGGCAUGUUUUCAUUCUCUUUUCAUUUUGCUGUGCACUAGCGAAAUACUCGAGAUUCCCCAGUCUGCGCAUAGCUUGA